UAGGUGGUGAUGAUUUUGUGUGAACAGCUAUAUUCAUUGAAGCCUCAGUUGCGUAAGCCCUUGUGCCUACGUAGAGACGCAAGAGAAGAACCAAAAGUAGCGUAAGCUCCAAAGCCAUCUCUUUCUAUUCAUCCGACGGCUGUAGAUAAACUUCAGCCACCACCAUCGAUCUAAUCCGUCGAAACCUCCCCCAGACUUUGCCGCACUUGUUUAUGAGCCUUUGGUCCCUUAGUCCAGGCGUUGGUUUUUUGGUUGAAUUCUAAGUUGCAAAUUCGUUUGAGCCCUCUCUCUCUCUGUCUUUUCUUUCUUUGCUUUUUGAUCUCAAAGUUUUCUCUUCCAUUAUCGUCAAAGGCAAAUUAAUCCAAUAUUUCACAUUUCCUUAUCUAAACCCCAUUGCUCUGCUUUAAUUAACAAUGGCUACAAUGCUGGUGCCGCCAUGGCUAGAAUCAUUGCUAAGCGCAGCCUUUUUCACAGUUUGCAGAACACAUGGAGAUGCAGCCAGGGGUGAAUGUAACAUGUAUUGUUUAGAUUGUAAAGGAGAUGCAUUUUGCUUUUAUUGCCGCUCUUCUAAACACAAAGAUCAUCAAGUAAUUCAGAUAAGGAGAUCUUCAUAUCAUGAUGUAGUGAGAGUUACAGAGAUUCAAAAGGUACUGGAUAUAAGUGGGGUACAAACUUAUGUGAUAAACAGUGCCAGGGUUCUAUUUCUGAAUGAGAGGCCUCAACCAAAAUCAGGUAAAGGAGUAGCUCAUGUUUGUGAAAUUUGUAGAAGAAGCCUCUUGGACCCAUUUCGUUUUUGUUCAUUGGGAUGUAAGCUUGUAGGAAUAAAGAGGAAUGGGAAUGCAAGCUUUACCGUAGAGGCUGAGAAUGAGGUAUUAACGGAUAGAAGAGAGGGCAUGUUAAGGGAGGAAGAAGAAUUGCGUGAAGGCUCACAGCAAGACAUUUACCCCCCCACGCCUCCCCCACCCCCUUCAAGUGCAAGGAGAAGAAAAGGAAUUCCUCACAGGGCACCUUUUGGGUCCUAAAAUGCCACUCAAAAUCAACUAUUCCUACAUUCAAAAUACACAUUUUCUUCACCCAAAAGGGAAAAAAAAAAGUACCAUUGUUGGGCGUUUUUGUCCAUUUGUCCUAACUAAAGGAGAUGUAGGGUAUCAAAUUGGUUCAGGGAGUCCAAAAAACAGAAGGGCAAGUAAGUUUUGGGUUUUGGGAUUGGGUCCCAUUUACAACAAACUCUCCCUGUGAAGAAGCCAAUAAUGCAAGAAUUGAGAAAAUGUUAAUUAUUGAUAGUUGCAAGGUGCAGAUUGUAAUUAAGAAAAUAAAAAGCAAAGUCUUUGUGGAGUCCGCUGUAUAGUUUCAUAGGUCCACCAGCCACAUGGGCCGUUCACAUAAAGAAACAAGCAUUUUUAUUGUUUAAUUCAUGUAGUGGAUGGGGCUCAUCCAACUUUCUCUUUGUGAACUGUUAACCAAAUUUGAAUUCCUCCCAUUCGAUUCAAUU